GCGACUCGCACCCUCCCCCGGCCGUCCCACUUCUUUCGGUUUGAGGUAACUCCUCCCAGGGGCGGACACCGGCGGGUGGCUCUCUGCUUUCCCGCGACCGGGAGGGAACGUGUCCAGACCGCCAUGCUGACCGGGGCGCUGCUAUUUUCUUCCUUCUCCCGCUUCCGGAGGGCUUGGCUCCCGCCUGUCCUCACCGGGCCGCGAAGAAGCUACAGCCAAGACGAUGCGUUCUCGCAAUACUUGCACCGCAGCAUCGUCCCCACUAUGCAUUACCAGAAGAGCCUGCCCCGUUUGCCCAUUCCAAAACUUGAAGAUACAAUUAGAAGAUACCUGAGUGCUCAGAAACCUCUUUUGGAUGAUGAUCGAUUCAGGAAAACUGAACAACUUGCUGGCAAUUUUGGGAAUGGCAUUGGUAGAGAAUUGCAUGAUCAGUUGGUUGCAAAAGACAAACAAAACAAACAUACUAGUUACAUUUCAGAUCCCUGGUUUAACAUGUACCUUCAGGCACGGGAACCAGUUAUUUUGAACUUCAAUCCCUUCAUGGCUUUCAGUCCUGAUCCCAAACCCGAAUACAACAAUCAGCUUGUAAAAGCCACUAACAUGACUGUUUCUGCUUUACGUUUCUUGAAGACUCUUAGGGCAGGCAUCUUAGAACCAGAGGUGUUUCAUCUCAACCCAUCCAAAAGCGACACUCCAGUCUUCAAAAAGUUUAUUCGAUUUGUGCCCCCUUCUCUCUCAUGGUUUGGUGCCUAUAUGGUGAAUGCCUACCCACUAGACAUGUCACAAUACUUCAGGCUUUUCAAUUCCACGCGGCUACCUAAACCCAAGAAAGAUGAGCUGUUUACAGAUGAGCACGAGAGGCAUUUACUGGUGCUUAGAAAUGGACACUUCUAUGCGUUUGAUGUGAUAGACAGAAAUGGCAAUAUAGUAAAACCAUCAGAAAUUCAAGCCCACUUAAAAUUCAUCCUUUCGGACAAUGCUUCUGCUCCAGCAUUCCCUCUUGCUUAUCUAACCACCGAAAAUCGGGACACUUGGGCGACUCUGAGACAGGAACUCCUUGACAAUGGCAACAGGGAGGCCUUAAGGAAAGUGGAUUCGGCCAUAUUCUGUCUGUGCCUUGAUGAUUUCCCAAUUAAAGAUCUCAACCAUCUGUCUCAUACUAUGCUCCAUGGUGAUGGCACUAACAGGUGGUAUGACAAAUCAUUUAAUCUUAUUUUAGCUAAAGACGGCUCUGCAGCAAUUCACUUUGAGCAUUCCUGGGGAGACGGUGUAGCUGUGCUUAGGUUCCAAAACGAAGUGUUUAAAGACAGCACCGAGUCUCCUGCAAUUACUCCUCAGUCUCAGCCGGCUGCCUGUGAUUCAGUCAGAGCCGUAGAGAAGCUGAAUUUUAAAUUAAAUGAUGCCUUAAAAGAAGGAAUUACCAAAGCCAAGCAAAAUUUUGAUGCUACUGUGAAAACACUGACGCUGGAGACUUUCCAGUUCAAAAGAGGAGGCAAGGAAUUCAUAAAGACACAGAAGCUGAGUCCUGAUGCUGUAGCUCAGCUUGCCUUCCAGAUGGCUUUUCUCAGACAAUAUGGCCAAACAGUUGCCACCUAUGAAUCUUGUAGCACAGCAGCAUUCAAACAUGGUCGCACUGAAACUAUCCGGCCGGCUUCGGUCUACACAAAGGCAUGCUCAGAGGCAUUAGUCAGGAAGCCAGCGAAACACAGUACUGUGGAGCUACGCCAGAUGAUCACAGAGUGCUCUACGUAUCACAGUCAACUCACAAAAGAAGCUGCCCUGGGCCAGGGAUUUGAUCGUCACCUUUAUGGAUUGCGGUGUGAGGCAGAAUCCCGAGGAAUUUCUUUGCCAGAUCUUUACAAGGACCAAGCUUAUGCAUGGAUUAACCACAACAUUCUCUCCACAAGUACUCUCAGCAGUUCAGCUGUGUUCAUGGGUGGAUUUGGGCCAGUGGUGCCUGAUGGAUUUGGCAUAGCUUAUGGCAUGCACGAUAACUGGAUCGGGUGCAAUGUUUCUGCUUAUCCAUCUAGGAAUGCACUAGAAUUCCUUCAGUGUGUGCACAAGUCACUGGACGAUAUUUUCAAUAUUUUAGAAGGGAAACAAAUUAGUAAUUAAGAUAGAGCAGGGCUGGUUUUCUUAAAUAUGUUAUGUAACAAACUCCUUUUGGCUCAAGUUUAAUGUUCCAGCUGGAUUGUGACCUGCUUCUCCUUUUUAAAAAAAUGACAGAUUAAGGUCUAGAGAAAAAAGAAUGUACAGGUAAUCCUUGAUUUAUGACCA